UAAGCUAGUCAGAUAUGGCGGAAUGGAAGCACACUACGGCGGCUCCGUCUUCAGCAAGCAUGACCUCGCUGGGUCGAGCGCUUUCCCGCAGCAGGUUAAGUCAGCCAGAAGGGUUUCAGUCGCAGAAGAGCCGGAGCGCCGCGGGACAGACUCGCAGGAGGUACUCCAGCAGUUCAGAGUCACCUGAUAUCAGCCCAAAUGUCGAGGCGCGGGUCCUGGUCAUAAACACCGGCGGAACCAUUGGAAUGACGUAUCAUAAUAACGUUCUGUCUCCAGAACCUAAUGCUCUCGUUGAAACUCUACGCAAACUCCCCAUUCUGCAUGAUGAGCAGUACGCACAACAGACCAGACUGUAUGAAUACUACAAGCCUCCGGAGAACACGCUGGUGCUGCCACUGUCCAAACAGAACAAGAGGAUUGUAUAUUCAAUUUUAGAGUAUUCUCCCCUCCUCGACUCCUGCAAUAUGACCACAGAUGACUGGGCCACUAUUGGAAAAGACAUUGAGAAACACUAUGAGCAAUAUGAUGGUUUUGUCGUCCUGCACGGCACAGACACAAUGGCUUACACCGCCUCUGCCUUAUCCUUCAUGUGUGAGAACCUGGGAAAGCCUGUCAUCCUCACUGGCUCACAGGUGCCCAUCUAUGAGAUGAGGAAUGAUGGGAGGGACAACCUCUUGGGGGCACUGUUGAUAGCAGGACAGUUUGUCAUCCCAGAGGUUUGCCUCUAUUUUCAUCAUAAGCUGUACAGGGGCAACCGUGUCACCAAAGUGGAUGCUGGAAGUUUUAACGCAUUUACCUCACCGAAUCUGCCGCCAUUAGCCAAUGCAGAAGUCGACAUUAAAAUUAACUGGGAUACUGUGUGGCGAGCCAAUACAACCUACAAAUUCACUGUCAACACACAAAUGAACCGUAAUGUGGGUCUCCUGCGACUCUUCCCAGGAAUCACUGCUGAUACAGUGAGGGCCUUCUUGCAGCCUCCUAUGGACGGGAUCGUACUGGAGACCUACGGCAGCGGUAACGCUCCUGACAACCGUGCUGACCUGCUGGAUGAGAUCCGUAAAGCGACCCAGAGAGGAGUCAUCAUAAUCAACUGCACCCAGUGCCUCAGGGGCUCGGUCACAACCUCAUACGCCACUGGCCAGGCUCUGAGUGAUGCCGGUUUGGUCGCUGGGUGUGAUAUGACGCCGGAAGCUGCUCUUUCAAAACUCUCUUAUGUGCUGGCAAAACAAAACCUCAGUAUAGAAGAGAAGAAAAAGAUGCUGAGUCGCAAUCUGCGUGGUGAGAUGAUAGCUGACCUGGGCGGAGCAAAGCUUUCUCUCAGUGACAGUCGAUUUGUUCAGGUCAUUGCCAAGACCCUCAGCAUUAGCUGUAAAGAGGAGCUUGAAGCCAUACGAGAUGCACUAACGCCCACUCUGGUGUGUGUUGCUUCUAAGAUCGGAGACAUUGAGGCUUUAGAUGCCAUACGGGAAAUGGGUACUGACUUGAGCAUGGCAGAUUAUGAUGGCCGCACUCCCCUCCACAUCGCCGCGUGUGAGGGCCAUCUGAAAGUGGUGGAGUAUCUGCUGGGUAAAGGGGCCACCGUCUAUGCCAGGGAUCGCUUUGGUGAUACACCUCUUCGCAAUGCUGUUCGCUUCAGGCAUAAGGAGGUUGUGAAACUGCUGAGGAAGACUGGAGCUCAUUUUUCCCGGGAGGAAAUGGAGGAUGCUGGAACAGAGUUGUGCAGUCUUGCGGCGAGUGGCAACUUAGAAGCAUUGGAGAUUUGGCAGUUAGCUGGGGUUGAUAUGACCAUGUGCAGUUAUGAUGGACAGACGCCCAUUGAAGUGGCAAGAGCCACUGGAUGUGAGGAGGUCGUUGAGUUCUUAAAGCAGGCUACUCUGUACCAAACAAAGCAUCAGACAGAUGAGGGAAAUGAGCCAGUAUUUGAGGAGGAUGAGGAGGAGAAUGGCGAGUAUAUCGAGUUUACCGCUUGUCCAAGAUCCUGAGGAGGCCGUCCUGCUAGCUGUCACUUUUUUUUGCCAUUAUCAUCCAUCCAGUUUUUACCUGACCUAUUGCAGAUUUUCCUUACUUGGACCAACAUCCUCUUAAAACAUAAAAAGCACAAGCCAUAGCUUUUAAGCCCGUCCCUCUAAAACAGUAAGCAAUCCGUUAUGAAUGUAUCGUGGUGAUGAACAAUCAUACACACUAUUUAUGUACAAGCACAUUAUUCAGACUAUAUUACAGUACAAGGUACUGUAAAUGCUGACCUCAAACAAUAUGAUACGUCCUUAUUUGAAUAUGAUAUAUUUAUCGUUUAGAUUCAGAAUGAAUUUAGAUAUGUGAAGCUGUCAGGACUAAUGGCUGUUGUCUUCAUUCAGUGUUCUUAAUGUGUUCACAUGUAUCAGAUUCAGUUUCACCUCAGUGCUGUCACCUAAACCUGAAUGUAUUUUAAAAAAGCAAAUACAAUUGAAACCGCAGUGAGGAGGAAGGAUACAUAAUGUAAUCUACAGAGAAGCAAACCAAAAAAAAGUUUGAUGGUUCAAAAGUUAUACAUGUUAAACUAAAACAACCAGUUGCCCUCCUGAGUAACUGUCAAAAACAAUGUGUUUAUAAUCCAAAAUGUAGUGGAACAUCAGUGUUUUCUUGUUCUUUAUUUUUGU